AUUGGCCAUGGCAACAGAAUGUUCUCCCAAGCAACAGACGGAAGUAGCGACGAGGAGGACAAGUUUUUUCCCGUCCUAAUUACACACGAGGACCAGACAACAGGGCUCAUCACGACGUCAUUUCUGGACAUGCCAGUUGUAAAUUCGGCGACGGGUGAGAACAUUGCAGAGGCAUUGAGAGAUUCUCUAUCUCAGUGUGAUUUAAGCCUACAGCAGUGCUUGUCAUUUUCAUCCGACAACGCCUCUGUCAUGACUGGCCGUCACAAGGGUGUCCUGGGCUAUCUACACCAGCGGAACAAGGCGAUCUACCUGAUGGGCUGUCCCUGUCACCUGAGUGCCCUGGCCGCCAAGACAGGUGGGAAGGCACUGAAAUCUUUUGACCCGGAGGAUUUUGUCAUCGACUUAUUCUACCAUUUUGAUAAGAGUGCGAAAAGGAAGCAUCUCCUGAGGGAGUUACUCGUCUUCUGUGAUGUUUCUGUGCGAAAAGUGCUGAAGCAUGUGUCCACCCGCUGGUUGAGCCUUCACAAGUGUUUGGAGAGGAGCCUCGAUCUUUGGGACGGACUGCGCUCGUAUUUCCUGACCCACUUCGAUGAUGACGGUGAUGAUGAUGAGUAUGACGACGCAUCGCGAAGAGGGAAGGAGCCGCAGAAGCGGAAGAGGUAUGUCACAAUGAUAGAUAUAAAACUGAAUAAAGAUAAUGUAUGCUGAUAACUAAGUUAUAGUGAUGGUCUCGCUUCCAUUAAUGACUAAAUAUAAAUAAAUGUUUAAAUAUAUUUUAAUCAAAGGGAACCAAAUAAAACUUCUAUAUUGUACAUGUGCAUAUUCAUAUUUAGGUCUGAGGUUUGUACAGUGUGCACUUGUUUUCAGGACGUCCAAGACCAAAGGUGGGCCUCGAGAACAACGACUUGUGGCAGUCUUCAAAGAUCCGACAUCGCAGCUGUAUAUCCACUUUCUGCAUGCUGUACUGCCGAACUUCGACGUGUUCAACACACUAUUACAGUCAGAGGCCCCAAUGAUCCACAGACUGUACCCGUCGAUGGUGAAGCU